AUGCUUGUUUAUCGGACUACGACUCAACCAAGUUCAGAUAGAAGUCAUUCACGAGCAAUCAUGACGGUCUCAAAAGCACCCCAAAACAUCCUCAUUCACAUCAUCCGCCGUGACCUUCGGACGUCAGACAAUCCCCUCUUCCAUGCUGCGGCUACCGCACCAGAUGAGGAGAAGUUCGAUGCCUACCUCCCUGUGUAUGUCUUUGAUGCCCAGCAGAUCGAUGUGUCGGGGUUCAUCCAGUCUGCUGGUGCAACGAACCCGUACGGGUCACCUCGUAGCCAGGUAGCUGGCUACCACCGCUGCGGGCCUCACCGGGCCAAGUUUCUUGGCGAAGCUGUCUGGGACCUCUCAGAGACCUUGAAGGAGCUCAAGUCUGGCCUUUUCAUCCGUGUGGGCAGAAUUCCUGAUGUGGUCGAGACGCUGGUCAGUGAAUUGGCCAAGAAAGAUGCCAAAAUCGGCGCUGUCUGGAUGACCAGCCAUGAGGGCAGUGAGGAAAAGGCGGACGAGAAGGCUGUGGCUUCCUUGUGUAAAAAGGUUGGGGCCAAAUGGAAGCUUUGGGUGGAUGAAAAGUACUUCAUUGACGAUUGCCGGGUGUCUUCACAGAGUACAAAAAGAAGCAGCUGCCCCUGCGCGAGAAGCCUCGUCCGGUUCUUCCGCCUAUCGAGAAGGGUUCACUGCCGCCUCUCAUUUGAUGCCGCCCUGGUCGCCCCGCAGUCCUCCCCGUUCCAUAUUCCUGAUUCACUCGAUCGCCUGGUUGAGUUCCUGGUUGCGCCCGUGAAGGACUUCCUCCCGAACAAACCCGAGUAUCCAAAGGGUGCAGAGUCUGCACACCCCUACCAAGGAGGCGAGCACGCCGCCCUCCAGCGGCUGAAGGACUUGAUCAGCUCCGGAGCCGCCACCACAUAUGACACGACCCGCAACGGCUUGCUUGGAACCGAGUUCAGCACCAAGCUGUCUGCCUUUUUAGCCCAGGGCUGCAUCACGGCCCGUCAAGUUCAUGCCGCAAUGGAUAGCUUCGAACGUGGUACUGAUCCCGCCUUCAAGGACGUUGAGGGCUUUGGUGCGUUGACAAAGGAAGAAGGUAUGUCUGAAGACGAGGCACAGAACACUGGAAUGGAAUCCAUCCGGACCGAACUGUUGUGGCGCGAUUACAUGAGGCUCUGUCACCAGAAAGACGGGAACAGGUUGUUCCAGUUGACGGGCACGUUGAGGUAUAAAUUGGACCAUGCCGCCGACAUGAUGGACGGCAUGGCUAGCAUCACCGCCCAAAACGGCCACAACAGCGAGAACAGCGACACUGGCGACAACGGCGCAGCCAGCGCAGCCAGCGACGGUGACGGGAGUGCUCAGGAGAAAAAGUUGAAAUCACCCGACAAGGAGAGAGCGCGGCCUCAACAGGGCAGCGGCAUCAACGAGAGUCUUCUGGCGAAAGAGUGGAAGUCGGCCGACAAGGAGAAGGCUUUGCCUCGGCAGUCGCCUACCGCUGAAGAAGUAGCGAAAAUCUUGGAGCGCUUCAAUCUCGGCACCACGGGCAUGGGACUGAUUGACGCUUCGCAGCGCGAGUUGCUACACACGGGGUACACGUCCAAUCGCGCCCGACAGAAUGUGGCGAGCUUUUUGGCGAAGCACCUCGACAUUGACUGGCGAUACGGGGCAGAGUGGUACGAGAUGUUGCUGGUUGACUAUGACGUGUCGUCGAAUUGGGCCAAUUGGCAGUACGUCGCUGGUGUCGGCAACGAUCCCCGUGGCCACAUGCGAAUUUUCAACCCGGUCAAGCAGGGUUUUGAGUAUGACCCGUCCGGGUCCUAUGUCCGAACAUGGAUCCCCGAAGUGAGCGGGUUGGAGAAGCUGGAAAAUGCUUUUCAACCUUGGACUGCUUCGAAGGAGGAGCUCGAGAAGACGGGCCUGUCAGGCAAUGACAUGGUUGCGAACCCGGUCAAGAGGAUCCAGUUUGUUGUCGAAGGCAAGCCGAGAACCAACAAGAACGGUGGCUUCCGAAGAGCACUCGCACGCGGCAACCCGUCCAAAGCCUCUCAAGCGAAUGGGAACGGCUCCGGCUUUGGAAACGGCUCCGGAAACGGCUACAGGAACUCACAGGACGUGCGGACGGAUGCACCGGUUGUCAAUGGUACCACUAGAGGGCCUCGUGGGCGGGGAGGAUUUCGUGGGUCGUUUGGGGGACCUCCCAGGGGUUCUUUGGGAGGCGGCCGCGGGGGCUUCAAUGGCAACACCAAUGGUUCACCCAGCCCUGCGGCAAACCAGGGCAAUGGGAUCUUGGCGCCCGGUUAUGGAAGAGGCCGAGGCGGCGGCAGACGUGGUGGAGGUGGUGGUUAUGGUGCACCUCCCCGGGGAGGCGGCCAAAAUGGGUAUUUUACUCCAGCCAAGAUGCCUCGAGUCAAUGGCAGUGGCAAUCACGAUCAGGUCAAUGGCAAUCAAGUUUAG